CACCAUAAUGCUCGGCUGCUUCAGGGACAAACAUGUACCCAUGGAUGCGUAAUCCAUACAAUUCUGGUAACUUGGUUUAGCGUACCAUUGCUCCACACACAGCCGCUUGGGUAAAUAUGUAAUGCUAGACGGGAGUUAGGGCAGGAAGAUGCUACUCUAGCUGGAGUUGCCAGCACUUACUAUGUUUGUCUUCCUAUCAUGGUGACUGCCGAGCACUGAUCCACGGGCUUCAGCAUACCCUUGCCACCGUUAACCGACUUUUCUACAGGAUUUGUUGUGCCAGUUUUUCUGGCAUAUGCAUACGGGAAUGUUGUAAGACUGUGGAUGAUUUAUCACGGGUUUUUUUGGUGAUUUGUUUUUGCUGUUUAGAACUGGUAGAAGCAGUUCCAGCAGCAAUCCAGUUGCUCGAGCACUUGGAAAAUUACAACGUACAAAUCGUUAGUUGAAUUGUUAAUAAGAAUGUGAUGAAUUUGCUUACGGUAAGAAAUAUUACGACUGUGGCAAAUCGACGAUAUGUCUGUGAGGUACUUGGUGGCAUUAAUUGCCAUCUCGCUACGAUUUGUAGACGGUCAAUCCGGAGGGUCGGAAAUCAAUAGCAACACCUCGCUGUACGUGGUGGAUAUUGCUCAAGACGAAUUGCUAAAUCCAAUUUUGGCCUCGCUCAAUCCUUUUGUUCACCUUUCUCGCCGGCCUUCGCCAACCCGAGUCCCCGUGAUACCUCUACCUUCCCUUCAGUCUUCCGUUUUGUUAAUUACAUCAUUACCAAGCCCCGCAGUUUCUCCGCCGGACCAAACCCCAAUCCUGCCUGUUUCACCAUCAACCGUUCUCAUUUCGGAUUUUACUCCAAUGAUCUGGUUUACUAGUUCCGUCGAUUACUCUUUUUUAUCAACUAUCGCCUUCCCAUUUGGAACGAGCUCACUCAGCUCAGUCAUCGACCCAGUUACCAGCGUUUUAAUUACUCCCGACUCUGUGUCCGACGCCUUUCUUCCCAUUUUCAUUACCCCGACUCCCACUGUGACGUUAGAAAUGACCAGCAGCGUGACAGCUCCAAUGUCAACUGUGCAGAUGCAGUUGGAUGAUGGAACAACAUUCCCACCGACGACACCGGAUUUGCGGACACUGAAUGAUACGCGACUGGUCAUUCGUCCGCUUCGACCGACACAGACCGUGUCGCCAGUAUUGGUAGUCGGCACACCAACGACACCUUUGAGCACAUCACGGCCGACUACAACGACGACGACGUUUCAGCCGCCCACUACGACGGUUACAACGGUAGCAACCCCCCUUGCCAAUGAAAUGCUGCGCAUUGUGAUAGCUCAGCCACGAUGGGAUCGAACCAAUUCGGUUUUGAGCACAUACCGCACUCGAAUGGAAGCCGGGUUGUUGAAGGUUUUUCAGGAAGCCGAUCGCCGGUACGUCUCACUUCUAGAAGACGAACGGCUGAUAAGUAAUGCCACGAAUAUCACCACUCCUGGCUUCACAACGACGGUUACACCGGUAUCGAACGUAACGAUUAUACAAAUAAAUGGUACAUCACUUAACGGAACUGCAGCAACCCAGGUUGAUUUCAUUCUCUUGCAUACCGAUCUGGCAUUCGGACCGCAGUGGAGCGUUUUAAAUGCAUCUGACGGGUUAGAGCGGGUUAAUCUGCUCAGCAACGACGAGAUCAGCUCCAUUCUCGGCAGUGUUGUCUUACAGCGACCUUCCGUGAUUUCUGGAUUGACUCAAAAUUCUUCGCGUCCGUCAUCAGCUAGCAUUUCAUCGCCAGAUUAUUACGGAAUUAUUGUUGGAGUUUCGACGGCGGCGGCAGUUUUAUUGGCAAUCUGUCUGGUUUGGCUCUUACUGUGUAUUUGGAUUCGAUGCAUACGGAAACCACCUAAAACGGUUCCGACACUGGUAUCGCAUCACUUUACUGCCACGCAAACUUCGUUACCAUCGCUCCGGCCGCAACCUGGCGAGUUCAAGGACCAAGGAAUUCAGACUGUGCUAAUGCCUCGAAAAAAAUCCUUGGUACCUGGUGGACCUUUGGAACAGCUGCCAAAUCCAUUGCAGCUCCGUGGAACAAAAGAGACCACGUUUAUUCAGAAAAGUUUUAGUGAUAAACAACCAACACCGGAUCGGGGUGUUCGUAUUAGUGAGUCCCGUCCUGUACAAGCAGCUUUUCCUUCCCGAACCCAACCAAUUCGUGAAAUUCCGGUAGCUAAUUCGGAGCAACCACGGGUCCAAUCACGCGAUAGAACAGUGAAUCGCCCAGAAGACGCAAUGAUAAAGGGCGGGGCAGGACGGGUGAAGCUCAUAUCCGUUAUCAAGACCAAUCAUAUCGAUCCAAAUUAUGUGCAAGGUAUUUCUAAUCGAAAACCUGUUGAAUCGCCGCGCAGUAGGUUUGUGAAGAUUCGUAGUGGAUAUGUUAACAACGGGUACGAACCUCAAUCCCACCAGCGUUCUCCGGAAUACAAACGCACAGUUGGCGAGAUAAAAAGGGAACUGCGAAACUGGGAAAUCGGCAACGUCUGAUUUGUGUUUUCUUUAUAACACGUUUGCCAUCUCCGUGUGCCUCUUUUUUGUUGGUUUUUGUAUUAAAUAAUAUUGUAAUAAUAAUUUGUAUUACCUUGGCACUGCUUUGUAUGUACAUACUCUUUAAAGGUCACUGAAGUAUAAAACUACGUACAACUAGAAACUUGGUCAUGUAUGAUCAGUGGCAUUCAAUAGCUGCAACAACAAAGGAACCGGCACAUAUCAAACCACCCGAUCCCACCAUGAGCCACCGGAAGUCUCCUUGGAGAUAUUCCACAACAGCACCUUCAAUCGAACAACCGUUGCUUAUAACAGCCAUUACAAAAGUUUCUUUGCCACAAAUUCCUUCUCUUAAAAAGUAAAUUUUA